AUGUUACAUUCGCUUAGCGUUUUAGAAUUAUUUCUCUAUCCGCUGUUGAUUCAGGUGAAAAUGUUAAGACGCGGUCCGAACAACGCUGAAAAUGAAAAUAUCCCUAUAAAGGUAUCCGGAAGAUCAACAUCUGCAAAUGGUGGGAUGGGAAUACCACAGAAGAAACUGAGCGAAAACUCACUGAAGCGCUUUAAAAAUAUCGCGAGCGGGAUUUUGGGAAAAAACGUGAAUGAUGCGAGGGAAAGAAUACAAAUGCGAAGGACUGCACUGGCAGAUAUGAAGAACGUCGUAACAAAUGAAGGGAAAAUCGAGAGUGAUGGAGGUGAAAGCAAGUCUUCGUUACUGAAUAGUAAAUUAUGCCGAUCAUUUUCGGCGUCACCAAAACGCAUAGGAACGAAAUCAUCGGAGAAAAGUCAACCGGAAUGUGGUAUUACCUUACCAUGCGAGGGCUUGCAAGAGCUCGCACCAGUCACAGCGAAUGCAGGCAUGAAUCUUCGUAGCCGACGUAUUUUAAGAUCUGAUGCGCAUCCCUCUGGUCAAUAUUUGAAAUUGCAGCCAACUUCUAACGAAAUAGCUCCGGAAGCUCCCCCCAUCCAGCCAGAACAGAUAAUUGAAAAGUUGCUAAAACCGUUGCCAUUUCAUAACGGAAAGCGUAGUAUCUACGACACUUAUAAUAACGUAGUGGUAUACUGCGAACAGUAUGCAGCCGAUAACUGGGAUUAUUUGUUUGAUAUCGAGGAUAAAGGAGUUGUGCCAUACAAUUUCUUGCACGGAUCAAGGAUUACACCGAGAAAUCGAAUGACUACAAUAGAUUGGAUUACUCGCUUGCAAAUUGCUUUCAAAUUGCUGCCAGAGACGCAGUUAACAACUGUUAAUCUCUUGGACCGUUGUUUAAUGGCACGACGCUUUACACUUGAAAAGAAAGAAAUGCAACUGAUUUCUUUGGGUUGUGCUGUUGUGGCAGCCAAGUAUGAAGAAAUUUAUCCCCCAGAAAUAUCUGAAUAUCUCAACUCGUGUGGCAAUACGAAACAAGAGAUCAUGCGGGCAGAAAUUAAUGUAUUACAUCUUUUAAACUUCGAUUUGAGAUAUCCUCGUGCCAUUCAAUUCAUUCGUCGUCUCACAGAACAUUACGAUCUUAGCGUUCAUACGCUGGCUAAAGCUAUUAGCGAAAUAGCAUCGUUUGAUUAUAACACAUGCUGUAUGAAACCGUCGGUUAUUGCGGCUAUUGCUGUAUUCAUUGCAGCGGCGUUGGAAGGAGUCGAAUUCCCUGAUAAGUUGCAUCGUUUGGCAAGAGUAUCGAAAGCAGAAGCUGAACGAUUAGCACCUAUUUUUGCGUCAGCCAUAUUGGAAUUGAUUAGAAAUGAAAAAAAUUAUAGUGCCCUCUACAAACGAAUGUGCGUCCAAAGACGCAUGGUUUUCACGAAUAAGCAUAUUGUCUAUUUGGCUUCACUUGUGACUAAAAGUCGUUGA